AUGACACGAGCCCAGGUAGGAUUCUGCUCCCUGUUGCUGCUCCUGCUGCUGGGGCUGUGGGUGGCCAAGUACCCAGUCACUGCCAAACCCAAGAGCAUGACCUCGGCUCAGUGGUUUGAAACUCAGCACGUGCAGCCCAGCCCUCAACCAUGCAACUCAGCAAUGAGCCGCAUCAACCGGUACACAAAACAAUGCAAAAACUUCAACACUUUCCUGCAUGAGUCCUUCACCAGCGUGACCGCCACCUGCAACACCCCCAACAUAGCCUGCAAGAAUGGCCAUAGCAACUGCCACAAGAGCCCACAGCCUGUGUCCCUGAGCACGUGUGACCAUGUCUCAGGGUCAUAUCCACGCUGCAAGUAUAAAGAGAAGCAUCUGAAGAAAGCUUACAUAGUGGCCUGUGACCCUCCCCAGAAAGGGGACUCCUGGCAUUCCAAGCUGCUGCCUGUGCAUUUGGACAAAAUCUUUUAG